AUAAUCAGUGACUAACAAGAAUACGGACCUCACUAAUAAUGCAGAUUAGGUGUAAAAUUUUGAGUUAGUGGAGCAUGAUUUGUUUGUGACGUUUAAGAAAAAUAAAGAAAGUAUUUAAAAAAUAGAUAUGUGAUCACAUUUUGCGUGUGCAUGUUUGUACCCAACACCUACGAAAGAUGAAAUAGCUGUAGUAAGUCCUGCUGCUUAUAAUGUCAUGAAAGCUGUCAUAUGAUGGAGAGGGUGCACAAACUACAUGAAGUGCGCCCAUCUCUCAGCCAGAUCACACACACAGAGUUCCAUCAUGGCCACAGCCGUCGAUAUCUACGAUGUUUUGUAGCAUGUUUCGUGUUCUUAUUCUUUCUGUUAAUGCUGUAUGUCCCAGCAUAUCAUCAGACUCGUACACGUGAAGACCAAAUACACAUUGUAAACAUUCCGGGCUGGUCUCUAAAUACAAGCAGAGAUUUGAAGCUGUAUGUGCUGCCAGAGAAUUUGACAGCAAUUAUUCCUCAGCCAGAUAUAUGUAGUGAAAAGCUAUUCCUCCUCAUUGUUGUGUGCUCAGCUGUUGGUAACUUUGAAGCUCGAUCAGCAAUCAGGCAGACAUGGGCAUCUGCACCUGUUGUUACUGAAAAAGCUAGUGCUAUAAGAGUAGCAUUCCUACUGGGUGAAUCGGAAAACAAUACUCUGCAGGAACAAGUUGAGGAAGAGAGCAUUAAACACAGUGAUAUAAUCCAAGAAGGCUUUUUGGACACAUACAACAACUUGACAUUAAAAAGUGUCAUGUUACUGAAAUGGACUGUUACAAACUGCCCGUCUGUUCGUUACAUUAUGAAAACAGAUGAUGAUAUGUUCGUCAAUAUUGAAAGCCUUGUACGCUUGCUUCGUUCUAAAGGUUCAACUGGUUUGUUGAUUGGUGCUCUUAUUUGUGGGGCACAUCCAAUAUCGGAUUCGCAUAGUAAGUGGUAUGCUCCGAGAUAUAUGUAUCCUGGAAGAGUUUACCCAAAUUACCUGUCAGGCACAGGAUACGUAAUGUCAAAUGAUGUUAUGAAACGACUGUACAAAGCCGCUCUGCAGACACCACUCUUCCAUUUGGAGGAUGUAUAUGUGACAGGACUGUGUUCCAAAGCAGCAGGCAUACGUCCACGUGAUCAUCCAGCUUUCACAUAUGCACGUCGUCGAAUUGAUCCUUGCUUGUUGCGUGAUCGUUCAGUUAUCACCAGCCAUCGCAUGGAUAGUGCUCAGCUUCGGAAGAUUUGGCCUCGCAUCCGGGAUCCAAAUCUUGAUUGCUCAAGUUUCACUGCAUCGCAGAAACCAAGUUCCAGACCCAACAAGAAAACAGCAAAAGUGAGGCGUCCAGUAAAUAAAUGUGUUUAAUUACCUGUAUAUGUGGACACGAUUAGUCAGGAAAUGUCUUGGUUGUGAUACUGCUGAAUUGGUGUGAACAUGUGUGUUUAUUUUGUGUGUGUGCUAUCUUUCUUGUCAUGCUACCAUUAGGAUUAUUUGCGAAAUUUCUCUUCACGUUUCAGUGAUUUAUUUGAUUUUAAACAAAACAGAAAAUUGUUGGCUGUAUAUGUUACAGAACACUAAGUUUUUUUAAGUAUGAGAUUACAUAUUUUUUAUGCGAAAACCUAAGGUACUCAGUCAUAAGCUCUCCAGUACUGUAGGAAGCUGAUUGAGGGAUUUUGUCAGAUAUGUAAUUCAGUUUGCACAAAUAUUUUGGUCCCAGCAAAUGAUAGGGACAAAUAGUAUUAGUCCACUGUUUCUGUUGCAUUUUGGACACCAUUGCCUGAACUAGUCGUACAAAGUAUGAAAUAAUGGAUGCAUUGACGAUGUGUAACCAAGCAAACAUUUUAUAGUAUUUAUGCAUUCAUAUUUUUUUACAGGAAGACAUUGAGCAUUGCAGUGAAAUGAAGUGAGACUGGUUGGAAUUAAAAUUUUGUGAAAGAAAGAAAUGAUCAAUUGAUGCUUCAGUCUGCCAUACACUCUGAGAGUAAUUUACCAAAUUAAAUUUCGUAUCAGAUUUACUAUUUAGCUAACAGUACCAUAUUAUUGUUGUGGUUGUUUUCUUAAAUCUUUUAUAUUUGACCUAAGCUCAAGCAACUGGCAAUCACAACAUAAAAAGUUAUUCUCUUACUAACAUUUGAUUUUGCAAUUAUUUAUUUAUUUAUUUAUUGCUAUUUUAGGCUUCUGUUGUUUUUUUUCCCCUGCAUAUCAGUAAUUUAAAAAAAACGUCAGAUAUUAAAAGUAAGGUGACAAAAAAUGAGAGUUUCAGAAGUCUUAAGAAAGAUAACAUGUGAAAAUUUUUGGAAUGUGGUACUGUAGAGCACCACUUUUAUUUUUAGAAAAAGGGUGUAUGGCAAAUUUGUGGGACUAUUGCUUUUUUCUUUCAUUGUACUCUGACAAUAUUGUUUGCUAAUUGUGUUCCAUAAAAAUAGAGUUGUGAAUAUACAAAUGCAACAGUAUUACUAUUCCGUUGUUCCUAAGUAUCAUAGUCAAUAAUUUUUAAAUUAACUGUGGCAGUUUGAACACAACUACGAGUGUUCCUUGUAUACAUUUUAAUGCAAGUAAUUUAAAACAAUCUCCUUCGUGUUGCAACUGCGAAGUUGAAUGAUUCUCUUUGUUAUUUUUCUGGUUUCUUUUUCAUGUACUGAUAUUUGCAAUUUCAUCUCUUACCUUUGUGAAUAUAUCUCUGUGAAUCAGCUGCCUUGCAGAACUCGUAUAAUAAUAAUAAUAAUAAUAAUAAAAGUGUUGACCUUUUAGUGGUUGUGCAUUUAGGAAAAUCUUCAUAUUUCAAAAUUUACAUAAUUAUUUUGUUAUGCUCAUCGCUAAAAUUGUCAGCAGCUGUAUAUUACUGCUCGACAGUUUUCUUGGAAUUAUUUUUGCUAUAGUGUGUAUUUAGUGAAUUGUGGAGAACUUGGUAAUAAACAUAUCGGAAAAUGUGUUGAUCUAGUACAUUAAAAAAGUUUAAUAUAUAAAUGAAUCCAAGAAUAAGAUCAUUUAUUAGGCUGUUACAAUACCUUACAUUCUGAUUUUUGACAUUCAGUGAUCAGGUGCUAAAUGUACACUAUUUCUGACAAUGAACCACCAGAUUUUGUAAAUACCCAUCUUGAGUGAGUGUCCAGUUAGCUUUGUAAAUGUAUUGUUGUCUUGCCAUUAUGUUGUUUAUCAAUUCAGUUAUAGUAAGACGCUGUAUUUCAAGAGUUCUGAGUUUCUUUGAUUUCUGUUUAACUGAAAUGUUCAGUGGUUUCGUCAGUGGUAAUUUAUAUAGUCUUUAUAGUGAACCUAGAGUUUUGUUACCAAUAUUCUUACUACUGUCUAAAUUGCUUUUGUAUAUUAAUACUGUAAACUACCUAGAAGAUGUUAUUGAAUUUACUGUAAGUUAUUGUAUCGGACUGGUGCUUGUGUGUGCUGGCGCACAUUGCCUUUUUCCCCCUCUGUUUUUUUAAUAUGGUGAAAGACAUCAACUCUUAAUUGGGGUGGGGCAGGGUACUGUUGUUUUUAUUGAGUCUAGUUUAUGUGUGUUUAAGAAGGAAAAGAUGUUUUAGCGGGCAUUUAAACAUCAUAUUGCUUAUCCAAAUCAGUUACUUUUUUUAUUAGAGUUUAAAAUAAGUCUUGCUUUUUCUGUAUUUCCCUUCAAUAGUUUACUGCUCUUUGGUGUAUGAGAUAUUUUGCUCUGUGAUACAUUCAUUUUAUUUUUAUUCUUCACAAAAUGUAACUACUGCUUCUGUAAACCUGAUUAGUUUAUACUGAUUGCUAAUACUGAAAAAUUUAUAUACCAAUUUCUCUGAAUGCAUUGAUUGAAUAUAUUUUCAUCUACAUUAUCAACAAAAAAAUUGUGAAGCUUCAUCAUGUGUGACAGACUGAUGGGAGUGCUAAAGAAUACUCAUAUUUAAUAAUUUUUUAAAAUACUGUGCAGAAACAGUUAAUUUGUAGUAGAAUUGCACAACCCCAGCAACAUGUCAAUUGUGACUGCACAUUGACGUUAACGAAACUUGGUGCUGUGCUUUCACUUAGUUCUGAUGAUACCUUUGAUUGUCAGGAGCUGAGUAGUAACUCUGUAGGUACAUGACCAUUCACAUUUCUCUUUUUACCUCAUACUGAAAGCUUCAUAGUCAAUUCAGUAGUCAGUCACAAAUAAUGAGAUAUAUUUUUGAAUAUGUGCAAUAAUAAAAACUUCUUCAACUGUUUUUAUUACAGUAUAAUUUACUUGUGUGUGCCCACAAAUGGUGUAACUAGUUUGUGAGCAAAAUGUGGAUUGCUGAAAUUAUCAGGAGCUUUAGCUUGGUCCCUGUCUCUUCAGAGUGAUUGACAUGUGCUAGUAAUUUAGAUAUUGUUUUUUAAGAGAACAGGGUAUCAUGCCAUCGCCAGCAGCCCCCAGGUUUUAGUAAUUUUAAUCCAUUAUUUUAUUUAUCAGAUCAUAUCUGCAUAUAAUAUAUUUUCAAACCAAUAGUUUUGGUUAAUAGGAAUGCCAAAAUAUUUCUCAGGCCAUAGUUCAGAGACAGAUCUUCAUGGUGCUAUAUUGUUCUUAUAUUUCAGCUGGAUCAGUAGUAAAAAUUUGCUUGCUUUAAGUUUCCAAAUGUCAACUACUUUGAGUUGGAGGAUAAACAGUGAACUGUCUGAGAGUAAUGUAAAUAUUAGACUUGUAUUGUUGUUUCUCUUUUUCAUCGUUGAGAAUGCAUUUUUUCUUACCAAUAAUGUUCUUGUAGGUGCUUCAUUUGCCCAUCCAUGUUUAAAAGAAUUGUGGUAAAUAUAUUUACAAUAGUAGUUCAUGUCACAUUAAAUUUCCAUAAUGUCGCUGAUGGAAGAGCAUUAAGAUUAGAGAGACACUGAUUUAUGUGUAUGUGGUCAUUUUACCUCUUCCUUUGAUUAGACCUCACUUUGUGUGUGUGUGUGUGUGUGUGUGUGUGUGUGUGUGUGUGUGUGUGUGUGUGUGUGUGUGUGUUUCAGCACCUUGCAUAUGCAUGUGCCCGCACUUGGCUGUGCAAAUUCGUGUAGCUUGCACAUGUAACUGAUACAAAUGCGGCAGAAUGAAAUUAGAGAGGCACACUUUUCGAACAGGUUGUGAAUCUGCAAAUCAGUAUAUGUGCUUAAUAUAUUUUUAUCAUACUAAAAAUUUGCAUGUUUAUAGUGUUGAAUGUUGAUGUAACAUUUUCAGAUUUAAUAUUUUGUGAAAAAUUAAAUUUGCUUUUUCGUGUCCAUAUUGUGCCAUAAAUGAUUCCUAAGAUGCCAUUGUUUUCUGAUAAUAAGUUUACAUAUUGCACUUCUUUCAGCUGUUUGAAGGUGAAAUCUUCACUUUUGGUGGCAGAAAGAGUAAUGUAUGUCAUAAAAUUAGAAAUUUGUGGGCCUUUUCUAAGGAAGAAAAUCAAAGAACACUAACUUUCAAGCCAUCACUGUAGAGUGCUAGAGUUAUUAUAAAAGUGGGGGAAGUACGAGAGUCAUAUUCUGUAAAUGGUAUAGUAAGGGAUGAUUGCUCUAUAUUCCAUGAGACUUUUUCAUAUACUUCCUGCUAAUUGCAUAGGAACAGGGUAGGACAUUUUUGCUUAUGCUGUUGUGCUAUCUUUGCCAUAAGUGUGUAGUGCACAGGGAAUUCUGUUUUCACCUUUGAAACAUUUAAAAAAUGCAUUGUGUUUGUAAGUGAUAAAGCAACUGUUCUCAUCCUAACACUUUUCCUUCACCUGAAGGUGUUUCCUUCUUUUUGUCAUUAAAAAGGUAAUUACCAAAAUGUCUUCUUAAGACCUGUUCUGUUGGUUGAUUUAUUCAAGCUAGGAUCAUAUUCAGUAUACUAGAGACUCCUUUCCUUCUACAGAUCUCUUGUAUAUUUAUGUUGUUCAAUUUAUUAAUACCACUGUUACUUGUAGCCUGUUUAUACGGCAAUGUUAGUUUGUUAUUUACAGUAUUCAUAUUCUGUAAAGCUAAGCCCUUAAAACUCGGAGGGGGGGAGGGGGCUUGAAAAUGUAUAUCACUUGAGAUAUACUAUUGUUAUGAAAAAAAAAAGAAAGAAUCAGUUCACCUGAAAUAUAAUAUUGCUGUAAAAAAAUUAGACUCAUUUUCCUUACUGGCAGUCUAUUGCUGCCAUAGAUACAUUAGAUUUUAUGAAAUAGUUUUUUGUGCAGAAAGAAUGAGGGUAGAUGUAUUUAAUGUCGAAUCAAGCUAAAUACUUUUAGAAUUAGUUUCUACUUCAGUCAGUAUGCAAUAUAUCAUACUUUCAGUUGGCAAAGUUUGUCCAGUUCCAUCAAAAGAAGAGAACAGCCGCUUGUCUGAUAUGAAUCUAAAACUGUGUGUUGAAGAUAGUAUAAUUAAUAUGCAAAUAUUUAACUAUCUAGAGAUUUCUUUUCAUCACAGCAACAUUCGUGGUACAGUCUCUGCUAGCCAUUUUAUAUGUAUAGUUUUGCAAUAUAAUAUUCUUUUCUUUGUAGCCCUGGUGCCAAUAUUGAUUCCAACUCAUGAGUUAUCAUGUUAUUAUUUCAUUGUUUAUAACUGUACAAUAUUGUGUUUUUACAGCAACUUUAUGCCCAAUUUUAGUCCAAUCUUUGUGUGGGAUUUGGAAAAGUACUUAAUGAUUAAUAACUGAAACUUGACUCGAAGGCUGAAACUUUGUAACUAGAUGACUUAAAGGAAUCUGGUUUAUAUUUGAUAAGCUCUAUAAUUCUCAUGGAUGAAUAAUGGUCUACUUUAGAAUUGAAUUUGUUUUUACACUGACAAAACAAAAAAGCCAAGUAUGCAGGAAGUUUAUGGGAUAAUCUCUUGAUAGACAUGCAUUUAGUGAAGCUCCAUAGGCUCUUUAAUGCAGCAAUUAGUAGUUAAUUACAGUAAAAUGUCUAUCAGUACCUAAGUAAAUGUUGGCAGUCACAAAUGCCUAUGUAUCAUUUAAUGUAACUUACUGGACACAGUUGCUUGGCAUUGUUGACAAAAGUUUAGUGGUUUUAUAUGUGUGUUUCGUGCAAGGCAACAGAAAAAUGUACCCCACUGCUCAUCCAUACCACCACAGUGCACUUGUCUCUUGUAUGGUCCCUCCAGAUGCUUGUCUAACUUAAAAUGUAUCCUUCCGUGGAUACUUUUGGUCCUAUAAUGUUGAAGUUCAUAAGUAGUGAUUGAAAACAUUUAUAGAUGCAGUGCCUGAGUGUGCAGAGUACAAGCAUUGUAACUUCAUAGCCCAUGCUGUCUUUUUCACAAGACAAGAAUAAAUAUUUAGCCAUUGGUUACCAACUGUCCUCCCUGAGGGAUUGCCUUAAAUUGAGUUAUGUACUUGAAGUUGGCACAUAACAUCAUAUGAAACCAAGAUUAUAUUAAGGGGAUGAUGGUUUUCUGAGAUUACAUAUUCUGUGGAAAUAUGUAAUAUUAUGUGCAAACAUUUUGUUAUGUUGUAUCUAUUCAAAUAAGAAACAUCAGGAGCAAAAACGACACGUGGUUCCUGUGUAUUAUCUAGGUCAGUAAAAAUGAAACUAAUGAAGAGGUACAGAGUUAUAUUCUGUUUAAAUUUUUAAUAACUUACUAUUGAUGAUUACAUCUGCUAGCUUUAACACACAAUUUUUGACUGAUCAUGACUUUCAGAUUUAUUUAGUAUAAGAAGUGGUUUGCAGUUUUACAUUAUGAGGAAUAUCUUGUCCUUUUUUUUUCUCAAUAGCAAGAAGCAUUGAGUCAGUUUCUGUCUAAGAUAAUGCAACUGUUAUAGUGUGAUUCUAUGAAUCAUCAAAAAUAACUUAAUAGAGAUGUUUUGUACUGUUCAUGUAAUCAGAGUUUCUGUAAAGGCACAUUUUAGAAACUUGAAUAUAUGGAUUGAUGAUUUCUCACUACCUACAUUGCAGUCUCAGUGAAACAAUGCGGGACAUGUAUUAUUGUAUCAAUGUAUUUCUCUCUGCUUAUUCGUGAAACAUUCAGUCAAGGUAGAGGAGUAUAGGUUUUAGUACAGAAAGAGCUCAAAUAUAUCAGGUCUUCCAUUUUAUGGGAUUUUAUCAUACUCAGUGUCAUCAAUUCAUGCUGCUUGCAUCAUGGGUUCUUUUACAAGGCAGUCUCCCUAAUGUGUGGAAGGAGAAUGAGAUUUCAUGUUCCCUGAAGAACUUUAUUUUACCUGACCUUUUAAUUGCAUUAAGAUGCAUGCAGUCCUCCUGUGAGUUUUCAGUGCUUAUAUUAUUAUUUUAACAUUAAUUAUUCAGCUCUCUGAUACUUUUAUGUCUGAUUUUAGAUAGAAUUUUUUGCGUACAGGAUAUCACUGGUUUCCUCUGUAUGUAAUUUUGUUCUCCUCUUAUUUGUGAUAUGGCAGGCAGAAAUUGCAUAUCUGCUUCCAAGACCAAGAUGAGCAAAGUAUGAAAAUAUGUUUGAGUUUUCAGUUCAGUUCCAUUUAAUUUAUGUUGUAUGGAAACUAUACUCUGUGGUGCUGUUUUCAUCAUCAGUGCUAAUGGAAAAUGAAGUAAUUAUUAAACAAUAUUGUUAUGCAUGUUAAAUGUAAAAUAAUUCCUUUGGUGCCACUACAAAAAGAAAACAAUGUCCUUACAAAUUGUGUUUGUUGUAAUACAAAUGAGAGUCAAUUGCAGAGCAUUCCUCCUUCGAUGGCCAUUGUCAUGACUUUAGCAGCAGCUCUACUCAAAUUUCCAUUGUUUGAUCCCUUUUAUCCAAUGCCAAUAAAUUACACAAAAAACUUAGAUAUAUAACGUUCAGAAAGUGGAAACCACUGGAAUUAAGAGAAGAGGAUGGGAGGGGGCAAGCUCACAGUGGAGUAAUUUUUUAAGCACAGUGUGACCUUGAUAGGUAAUGUCAUUCAUGUUUUCAGUUAUUUUAGAUAUAGAUGCACAUGAAAUAUCACUGUAAUCUUUUUUUAUGUAUGUCAUGCAUGAUGUAACCAUUAUCAUAUUCCAGUAACUACAGUCUUCAGUUUUUCAAAAUACACUAUUUGUCACAGUUAUUUAUCUUCAGUGUUACAUUUAGAAAGGUACUGUAGCAUGCCUAUAGAGCAUACUAUAUAAAAUUUUUUAGGCUCUAUUUUAGUGUCUUUCUAUGAGUAAUGCUAACAUUAGCCAGACAGCUUUCAUUGGUAUCAUUUCUACACACAUGUAGUUCAACAUAUGCCAUCAAUUGCCUGAAGUGCUUACUACAGAAAGUGCAGAACUAUACAUAGCAGUGCACUUCUUUCUUGUAAUUGUCUUGUAAAGUUAAAAUUUUUCAGGUUGUAAUAAUUCUGUGCCAGCAUACUUUUCAUACUUUUGUAUGUAGUUUUAAAACAGUGUAAAUUAAUUAUUUCUUGUUUUGUAAUGUAACUGUAAGGGUGAAAGCUGUUGUUACCUUUAAAACUAUCUUUGCCAUAUGUUUUAGAAAAGCUUACAGUAUUUUUGAUACAGCUACAACAGCAUAUAGGGUGCUAUUUUGUGUGAGUGUGGGGGGGGGGGGGGGCGUGCAUGCACGUUUCAUACAAUUAUUCCCUAUUUUAAUUCUGGAAAUUUAACUGAAAUAGUACUCUUUCACAUUGUGCAAAAAAAAUUGAGACAUUUAUCUGUGUGUUGUAAAACCACCUACACACAAAUAUAUGUGUGUACAUAAUUGAUAAGUUUAUUAAUGUGAUUUUGGUGCAGCAAAUUGGUUCCCUGAAUGUACUACACAUGUAAGAUUAUUUCACCACUCUGAUAUGCUUGGGACAUUUUUGGAAUAUUAAAAAUGAGAAAAAUUAGUUUUGUGCAUGUGUCUAAUUUUUACAUAAAAUUUAGUGAUUUUAUUUAAUAAUGACUUUCUGCUGACUAAUGUAAGAUGCCAGAUGUAUUUGUUAGAUAGUGCUGAGCAUAAUAUAGUUAAGAGUUGCAAUUACAUCCUAAUUAUUGUCAUAUCUAUUUAUUGCACAUUGCAAAAAUAACAGGGCCAAUAGUCUGUAGACCUCUGUUAAAAUGUCAGAUUUAAUAUGUUCUUUGGCAAAGUAAGUAAUUCUAUCUCCAAUACACUAUGUGGAGAACUUCUAUAAAUUCUGAUAACUUGUAUUUCUAUGUCUCCAGUGUGCUGCAGACACACUGAUGUGUAUCAUAGCUUUUCAUGCAUACCAUUUGUUUUUCAUUUCUCAGAAAAAAAAGUUGUAGUGAGUCUUAUAGAUUGCAAAUUAUAAAUGGUUUUAUCACACUUUCAAUCUUCAUGAAUCCCAUAUGCUGUUUCUAAUGUUUUUAUUCGCAUUGUUUCCUGAAAUUUUAGGAACAACAUAUUUUUGGGUAGUGUGACUUCUUUUCCAUAUAAUGGGAGUCUGAAGAAUCCACUGAGACCUUUAUACAUUUAGCCUAUUGUUUCCUUCCAAUUUGACAGGUAAACACAUAAUUGCUGCUUUACACUAUUAACUAUAGUAACUCCUCAUGUCAUGUGACUAUUAUUUUUACUUUAAUAAAUAAAUCUUUUUGGGUCAUUUAUUAUAAUCUCACUAUGACAAAAACAUUUGCGUAUUGGCAGCUUACAUGUACAGCUUGUAAGCUGCUGUGUCACCAUGUAUGAAUAUGAGAGAAAAUACAGUUACAGAAGUUGUUAAUGAUUCCUGAGAGAAGUAAAGGAAAACUUUGUGGAGAGUCUUACAUUGUAGGUUAUUCAAUAUUAUAACUACCUCUUGACAUUCCUAAUCUAUGUUGGGAACUGUUGAGAAAUUUAUUAAAAGCAAAUGUGUGGAAAUUGCAAAGAAACUGGGCUGUUUUACCAUAAGAGUAUGUUUCUAUAAUUCUUUUAUACCAUUCGUGUCUCCCAUACUGCAUGGGGAAAAAUAUGGUAUCUAUACAUUUUCACCUCUGGUUAUACUAAAUUCUAUACUUUUUAGUUACAGCUCAGUCUUUUUUUCCAUUUUCUUUUUAAAAAUGAAUCUGUAAUUUUUCCAUUUCCAUUUGAAACUUUCUCUGUAUGUCUUCCCUAUUUAUAAUUCUGAUAGUCCUCUAACUGAAAGAUGAGUGAAAAUUGGAAGUAUGCUGAGUUUCCAAUAUCCGGAGCACAGGUUAUUUCAUACAGUGUGAUAGAGGGGAAGGCAGGAAAGAGUUUAGAUUGGACAAUGUGGUCUGGGUUUCUUUCAUGCUUAUGAGGAGUGCUCUUACUGCCACAGGUUGUGAGCAGUUUCCACACUUUUUUCCAGUCUUGUAACAAUUUCUACACUUAUUUUAAACAAAAUACAGCAGCCUGUGUUCCAAGAGCUAUCUGUGUUAAGAAUUUGUCAUCUUAAAGCUUGACCUCUAACACUGUGUUCGUAGGUUCUUCUAACUACUUAACUGCCCUUUUUUUGCAUUUCUAUUUGAAUUCUGUCUUGGGAAUUACAAUAACCAGGUAGUUGCAUUUCAGAGAGCUUUGUAAACAUUCUGAGCAGUACAUGCAUUUAAAAAUCUCUUCCACAGUUAAAAACUCCAAUCUUACUCACAAUUAAAUUGUCUGUUCAAAAGAAUUAUUUUAGUUGUUUAAUGCUUGUUGUGUUACUGAAAAAAAUUAAGCCUCAACAUAAAGACUGUUACACAAUUCAUGUAAACAUUUAUUUUUCACUAUAAGCUGUCCAUCAUAUUUACAGGACAUUGUCACUUCUGGGUGUGAUACUUCCGUUGUUCUUUUUGAUUAGUUACUCUAUUUCCUCGGUAACUCAUACCCAAAUAUAAGUGAAUUAAUUUUUAAAGGCAAUUCAUUCAAGUAAGUGGUGACAUAGAGAAGUCUUUUUUUACUAUACAUUUUUAAACAAAGUGCCUAUAUUGUAACUCCAUGGUAUUUGGUAAUAGUAGCCCAAACAGUAGAAUUCAUUAACUUCUUACACUUAAGAUUGCUAAACUGAUAAUAAAUAUAGAUGGAGAUGUAAAUUGUUCUCAUUAUUUUAUAACAAUCCAGUUUCAAAGAAACGGAAUUUAGUUACUUGUGCGUACUGAGAAGACAGGAAAAUUGGUGUUUAGUGAUCCUGAACCAUCCACUUAAUAUUACACACUGAACUUUUGCACUUGGAUAAAUAUUACCAAAUACCAUCUAAUGAAUCAAAUGUCAAAAUGUGUUUCUUUGCCAAUAGUAGUUGCAGAGUGUGGAGGUAUAAAAUGGUGACAUGACAGAAUUCAGAUUGUAGUGUACAAGUAAUCAUAAAUGUGUAUCAAUAUUGGUUUAAGCAGUCUGUUUCAGGAUUGUUGCAUAUAACACAAAUUACAAAAGAAAGACAAAACAAUGUUAUUACACAUACAUAAUCCUCGGACAAGUAUUAUUAUGCCACAUUUCAGACAUUCACGGAGAUUCCUUUCAACAUUGUCUUGAAGAUACAUAUCAUUUCAGACAUUUUUAUCAUUACGAUUGUGAUAAAUGGUGAAAAAAAGAAAAAAGUCACUCUCUGGAAAGACCCUCAACUGGCUUUUGGGUGUUACUUAUACUUCAUUUGAUGUAUUAGUUACUCACAGUUCAUAGAGAUUGAUCAUAUAGAAAGACAAUGGCUUCUGUGCCACAGGCAGUGCUUAAGUGCUUUCGUAGAAGAUUGCAGAAGUUUCUGAUAGAUGGAUUCUUUGAAAUUUGUUGCACUGACAUUUGGAUCAGUUUUAUAUUUAAUAAGAGAGUCUAGUUAUUCUCUCUAAGCUAAGGCAAUGUUCCCAAACAUUUUACAUGUCUAUCCAGUUGUAUUUUUGACUAUGUUAAGAGUAUAUUGUAAAAGUGAAAGGAUUGCAAAACAUAUUGCUGGCUACCCUCAAUAAAACUGUAAUUAUUGUUAACAUCAGGAUAAUUUAUUGUUAACAUCAGGAUUUUGGAGAGUAGUGUGAUGAGAAAAAUGUUGCACAACUAUGCAACAAGUUUGUCCUUUCAUUCACUCUACUGUGCUGUAAUAUUGCUUUAUUAAAAUGUUUGUCAAAUUUUUAAUGGUUCUUAUCAUUGUGUUUCUACAUAGCUCAUCUCUAUCAUAAAUUGUUAAUUGCUUUCUGACUCCAAGUCUCAUUUUAUUAUUUCUUCUGUGUAUUACAUGUAACCUUAAUGUUGAGAAAAGUGGAAAUCUUAUAUUGCAAGCCCAUGAUGACAAGCAAUUACUGCUAUAUGUUUUCCACAGAGUUGCUAUGUUCUUAGUACAGCUGCCUAAUUUUUUUUUUGUAUUAAUAUUUAUUUUUGUAGGGAGUUUUAUAUGUUUUGCAUAUUAAAAGAUUCUCAAACUCCACAAGAAUAGACUGUAAACAAUGUGUUGUUUUCAUGGAUAUUUUGAAACUGAAAUAAAAUCUAUAAUGUGAUAUACAUAUUUUGAAUACUUUCCAAAUAAAGACUGUUUAUGAAGAAUUAAA